AUGUCAUCACUUUUUUCAAAUCCUUAUACAGUGACAUACACCUCCCGAGCUAUCUGUAUUAAUGGGUGGCCUAAAUUAUUACUAGCUGGGUGUAUUCAUUACCCACGUAGUACUCCUGCAAUGUGGCCUUCAUUACUUCGUAAAGCCAAAGUAGGUGGAAUAAACGUUAUCCAAACUUAUGUUUUUUGGAAUUUACAUGAACCGGUACGUGGAACUUAUGAUUUUGCUACCGAUUCGGCCAAUUUACCUUAUUUUAUUCAACUAUGCAAAGAGCUUGAUCUAUAUGUAUCUUUACGAAUUGGUCCUUACGUCUGUGCUGAAUGGAAUUUUGGUGGGUUUCCUGUUUGGCUGAAACAUUUACCGGGUGUAGAAUUACGUACAUAUAAUGAAAUUUAUUUACAAGAAAUGAAACGAUUUGUUAGUAAAGUAGUUGAUGUUGUACGUCCUUAUUUUCCUGACAAAGCUGGUCCAAUUAUCUUAUUACAAAUUGAAAAUGAAUAUGGUAACAUAGCUUAUGCUUAUGGUAAAGAUGGCAUAAAGUAUGUUGAAGAAUGUGGUCGUUUCGUAAAUGAUAUGAAUCUUUCGGCAUUAUGGUUUAUGUGUCGUCAAUAUAGUCAUGUUCCGGGUAUAAUUCAUACGAUAAAUGAUUACUAUUGUCAUCAAUAUUUUGAGAAUAUUCGCAAAGAAUUUCCUUCUGCUCCAAUGAUGUGGACUGAAGAUUGGCCUGGUUGGCCACAAGAAUUUGGUGAAGCUAAACCAACUCGUCCUGCUCAAGAUGUAACUUACGCUGUGGCAUAUUGGUUUGCUAAAGGUGGUUGUUAUCAUGCAUAUUACAUGUAUCAUGGCGGCACGACUUUUGGCCGUUGGGGUGGUGGGCCACGUCAUACAACAUCUUACGACUAUGAUACUAUGUUGGAUGAAUAUGGAUUAGAACAUUAUCCUAAAUAUCAUCAUACUAAACGAUUGCAUGACAUUCUUUUUAAAUUUGAAGAUAUAUUAAUGAGAAAUCCUAUUCCUACUGCAAAGAUAUUGGAUGAGAAAGUGGAAGCAUAUGUUUAUGGAAAUAUUAAUUUUACAAAAUCGCUUAUUUUCUUGUGUAAUGCUGAUGAAAAAAGUGCAAAACAAAUAGAAUUUAGCAAUGUUCUGUGGGAUCUUCCUAAAUGGUCAAUUAGUAUAAUACUGGGUGACGAUUGUUCGUUCACACUUUUGAUGAAUACAGCAAUCAUUGAACCACCAAAAGAGUCUCCUGAUCGAUUAGUUUUUAGACCACUUCCUGCAAGUGUUAUUGAUUUUGAAUCGUUUGCUUGGUUAUUAGAACCUAUUCCACUUUUUACAGAUGCAUGUGACAAAAGAACACCACGUCCUCCACCACAAAUUGCAACUACCCAAGAUACCACCGAUUAUAUGUGGUACGUGACGCAAUUAGUAAUCAAGAAUGAUGAAAACGAGGGGAAUCAAACACCAUCUAAAUUUAAUCUUAGGUUACAUAAUAUUGGUGAUGUUGGUGUUGUUUAUGUGGACGGAAAAGUGCAAUCAGUACAUAGAGGUGGAAAUCAAGUAGAUAUACCAUUGAACCUUGAUUGUACGAGUAAAGUAAAUAAUGAUAUCUCUGAUAUAGACAGUAGCAAGCAACACGUAUUUACAUUACAAAUCUUAAAUUGCCUGAUGGGGUUACCACAUAUUAUGACUUUCAUGGAAAGAUACGAACAAGGACUCCUAGGAGAUGUGUAUUUAGAUGAUAAAAACAUUACUCAUAUAGGUUGGCAGGUCAACAUUGGGCUUGUUGGUGAAAAAAAAUGCUAUUUUGAUCCUUCUACACAUUGUACCCUUCCAUGGAAUAAAUUGAGUAGUGAAUCUUUGUCCACAAUUACAGAUCAGGAUAUAUUUUGUCAACGCACUUUAUUAGAUAUGCAAAAAAAAUAUACCGACUUAACCAUGCAAUUACCUGUUCAGGUGGGUCUCGUGUGGUACACCUUCCACUUUACUUUACCUAAAGAAUAUUAUGAUAUUUCUCGUACCGAAGAUACACUUCCCCCGAUCGCGCUUGAUCUUACAUCGAUGACAAAGGGUAACGUGUGGGUUAAUGGCCGACAUCUUGGACGAUAUUGGUUAGAACUUGCUACACGUCCCACAGAUCCACGUGCACGGAAUGAUCAAGACUAUGCUGGGUGGUAUAAUCCACAUACAAAGUGUCGAGUAGGAUAUGAAAUGCCAUCGCAACAGUAUUAUCAUAUUCCCUUAGAAUGGAUAAAGCGAGAUGGAGACCAUAAAAAUUGUGUAGUAUUAUUUGAGGAAUGGGGUGGCGAUCCUCGAGGAAUUCGCAUAGUACAGCGUGUAACAUGUAAGAUAUGUGAACAUAAUAAAAUUUGUAUUCAUAGAAUGCGUUGA